CGUGCAGAAUGAGCUGCCUUUAAAAAUGGCGAAACUCAUUCGCUGAACUUUGUAAAAAUAUCUGCAGAUUAGCUUCUAUUUUUGCACAGACAACGCCGAAACUUGCUUGCACAAAGUGUCAGCUGAAGCUUCAACCCUUCUUCGUGAAAAAGAAGCGGUUUCCAUAAGUUGUUUCCGCACCGGAGUGGCGACAGACAUGAAUGGAGCAAGGGACGAUGCCUUUCGCAGCAUGUACCACUUGUCUCCGGCACAGUUCUCGGAAAAAAUUGCCCGAGCCAGGGGCACAGCUGACGAGGGCCAAAUUUAUUCCAUGCAGAUGCUCAUGGAAAACACGAACUUCGAGUACAUCACGGCUGAAGACGGUCCUUUAAAAAUUGAGCUGCGGAACAAGCUGCAGGAACUGGUUGAAUCGUGGGUGUGCUCCACUCCUAUAUCUAGGAAGUACUACUGGUACACAAUUCACAUGCUAGUCACGAGGUCACUCAAAGCACCACAGAAUGCCGAAAACCCAGCCAGAAAGGUGGCCGACUCUUUCUUGGCGCUUGCCAAGUACGCUGGAAAUAUAUUUUCUAACCCAUGGAGACCAGAAUUCAGACAGAUAACUCUUUAUGGAGGUUUCUGGUUCCACGAGGUGGGAGUCAUUUUGGACAAUCCUAACUGGAUUCUCAGCAAACUGGGCUAUGCUCCGACCAGAGAAAAUGAGCACAUUUGGGAGUUGGCUACUGAUAUUUCAGUUGAAACGCUUGGAGAAAUCCAUUGGGCCUCACUUGACUGCUUUGUGGCUGCUGUAGAAUGCCAGAUGAUAUCGCGGAUUUUGAACUCGGUGCAGAGCCAAGAGCCGACCAUCACUUUAGACGAAGUGAUCCAAUAUCGAGAGGCCCACGUCGGUUCAUGGGAGUACGCUGUGCAAGGCCUGCUCUACCAAGCCCGUGCCCAGCGAUACGCCUCCCACCCUCAGACCUACCCCUACCAGCAAGUGGCCCAUCAGCAGUGGCCGCAGCAGGCGCAGCAAGGCUAUCACCCGCCGCAAAAUAUACCCCCUCAAGCCUAUUGUCCGCCUCAGACGCACGAUGAGUCACUUUACUACAAUCACUCGCAGCACCAACAGCCAACUUCGUACUACCCUCCAUACCCGCAACCGCAGCAGCAACCUGUGCAGUACCACCACCCCUACCAACAGUAUCAGCAGAUGACUCCUCCACCCCCUCCGCCGCCGCCACCGCCUCAGCAGCACUACACGCAGCCUUAUUACGAGCAGUUUGAUCCCUACCAUCCUCACAGUCAAGCACCUGUGAACCAGUUUGGGCAAAUGAAUAUUAAGGAGGAGCCAAAGAGGGAAGUAAAGCAGCACCGUUCUGAAAGUUCCUCAUCCCGAAAGCACUCGCGAGCUAAUUCGAUGGACACAGCGGCAGCUCGUGCAUUGGAGAAGCAUCCACAGAAGAUUAAGGAGGAAAAGAAAAAAUCUGGGAGUGAAGACCACACUUGGGACUAUGUAUACUCUGACUUGAGCUCUAAAGGCUACAGCAAGGAUUUGGGUUCCAGACCGGACAUCCUCUCUGAUUCCAAGCGCGAAAAAGAGGCAGCCAAGAAAGCACCAGAGGAGGCACCCAAAGAGAAGGAAAACGGCAGCUUGGAGUGGAAGUGCAAUGCCUGCACGUUCCUCAACCGCGCUGAAAGUAACAUAUGCAGUAUCUGCUUCAAGUCGAAAGACAUCACUCCAGAGAAACAUCCUAAUUACGGCCCGGAAUGUCCAAAGUGCACCUUCAAAAAUUUUGUCGGCCGCGACUACUGUGAUGCCUGCGGUGCCCUCAUACGUCCUAUGGUCCCUUUGGAAGAUGUUGUCUGAUUUGUUCAGCUUAUUUAAUUCACAGGGCGCUCAAUCUCAAAAUGGCCAGUAUAUAAAUGCAGGAAAUUGAAAUGCUGGAACAUUGUAAAAAACUUCAUGUUGUCUUUGCAUUAUUAAUGUUUUUACAAAAUUCUUAGCCCUUGUUUUGAGUUAAUUUUAUAUAGUCUACUUUGCUCAUCCGACAUCCAUUAUCAUAAAUUUAUAAGUGUAAAUUUUCAAUCCUUAUUGUAAGAAAAAUAUUGGGCUGAUCCCAUUGAUAUGAAAGCAAGUUUUUGACUAACUGUCAGUUAUGUGCUCCCUAGAAAGUGCCUUAGAGAAAUUAACUCUGUGAAGUUCGUGUGACGUCCCUUAUUGCUAAAAUGCUUCCAUGCUACCGAAGAAACCAUAUUUUCCUGUGUGCAAUAUUUUCUUUGUUUUGCUUCUUUCGUGCCAUAGGCUCCAGAGAGGUUAAUCAAGAAGAGUAACUUUGACUGAUACGAGAUGAUCACUAAAAUCUAUGAUUGUACAAUGGACUGUUGAACCUAUUCAUAAAUAAAAACUUUAAAACAUUA